AUGGCAGCUACAAAUAAUGAUUCCGCAUUUUCAGUAAGAAAUUUCAUCAGAUGCGGUAUGGGUGGUGCAUUGGGAUGUUGUUUUACACAUGUUAUUGUUGUACCAAUGGAUGUUGUUAAAACACGUUUGCAAACUGAUCCAAUAAAAUAUAAUAAAGGUAUGGUCGAUGGUAUGAAAACUAUCAUUCGUGAAGAGGGUUCAAUGAUGUUAUUACAAGGUUUAGGUGCAACAACAGUCGGAUAUGCAGUACAAGGUUUCUUUAAAUUUGGAUUAUAUGAAGUUUUUAAAAAGAAAAUUUCAGCUCAAUUCUCUGAAGAGGAUGCUAAAGCUUAUCGUAUUCCAAUUUGGGUAACUGCAUCAGCAAUCGCUGAAACUGUAGGUGAUGUUGCAUUAUGUCCAUUCGAAGCUGUUCGUAUUCGUCAAGUCAGUGAUCCAAAGUUUGCCAGUGGCUUCUUUACUGCAUUCACUAGACUCUAUCGUGAAGAAGGUUUCAAAGGUUUCUAUAAAGGUUUAACACCAAUCAUUUUAAAACAAGUCCCAUACACUGCCUCACAAUUUGUAACUUAUGAGUUGGCCAACGACUACUUUAAUAAAUACCUCUAUCGUACCAGAGGUCUCACUAGAAACGACUUAUCCGAUACCCAAAAAUUAGGUGUCAUCUUGGGUACUGGUGCUAUCUCUGGUGUUGUCGCCUCAGUUGCAUCCCAUCCAGCCGAUACUAUUCUCUCUAAAAUCAACCAAGAAAAAACCGAUGGCGGCGUCACAAAAGCCAUUGGCAACAUUGUCAAACGUUUGGGUGUACGUGGUUUAUUCCUCGGUGUUGAAGCCCGUUGUGUAAUGGUUACAACUUUGGUAACAGUACAAUUUUUAAUUUAUGAUGGUAUUAAAUUAAUUUUUAAAUAA